AAUGUAGUUUCCGAAGUUGAAAUGAUUCUAUUUUCUUUGUCUGCUAACUUUCUGCGGAAACUAUUGAACGACACUGCAACUCUGCAUUGUCAAAAAAAGAAAACAUAAACACACGUCUGCUAGGCCUAGUAAAAAAUGGCCAUGCGUUAUUCAUUUUUGUUUGGUGUUUCACGAAUAUUAACUCGCCAGACAUAUAACGUUUGUCAGAAACAUCAUGCAACUACAGCUAUUUUUCCCGUUCCUUCAAAAAAUAAAACAAUUUCCAAGAAAUUAGCCAUCGAGCAUGAUGAUCCUGACGUGUUCGGUACUCUUUCUUUACGUGAGAAUCUCGGAACACAAAAGUUGGAUUCUAUAAAGAAUCACGAUAAUUUUAUCGACGAAGGAGAUGCAAUAGAAGAAAAGUUUCUUAGUUUUGAACCUGCUGACAAAAAGAGUUCUGAACAGUUUGAAUUGGAAAUCGAGCAGUUAAUAAAUGACAGAAACCUGAAAGAAGCUUUAUAUCGACUAGAAGUUACCAUGAAAGAGGACAAAGUCAGACCAUCAAGAAGUAUUUUUUCCAUGCUAAUUGGAGCUUGUGGUAGAGCUGGAUAUACCAAGAAAGCUUUCAAUCUUUUCAAUGUGAUGAAAAAGAGAGGCUGUGUACCAGCAGAUAGCCAUUAUACAGCUCUAUUUAAUUCAUGUGCAAAUUCACCAUGGAAAGAGGAUGGCUUGCAGAGAGCAACCAUGUUGAGACAGCAAUUGAAAGACAAAAAUGUUAUUCUAAAUAGGGCUCAGUAUCAUGCUAUGAUUAAAGCUUUUGGUCACUGUGGAGAAAUAGGAACAACACUUGAGAUCAUGGACGAAAUGGCAACCAAUCAGAUUACAGUUACAACAGAAAGCUUCAACUUCUUGCUUCAAGCUUGCAUUUCUUUACCUGAAGAAGGAUUUACUCGCGCCAUCCUAAUCUGGAGGAGGCUAAGGAAUAUGAGAGUCACCCCUUCAAUCUUUUCUUACAACCUGAUGCUUCGUGCCGCUCGUGAUUGUGGCGCAAAAGAUAUGGAUGGAAAACAUCAACCUAUUGAAUCCAUGUUGCUUUUGGAAGAAAAAACUGGCUCUCAAAGCAAUAAUCCAUUCAAUCCGGCUGUAUUGACUAUGUCAGAGUUAACGACCGUUACAAACCAGCUGACGGUAUGUCCAAACUUCCUCGCUGAGAAAAUCCAGUCGAACAACGUUAUGGGUUUGGCCGGAUUAGAUCGGACUGAGAAUCGAUUGGCUCUUUUGGGAGGUAUUGAAGGUUUUCUGGCAGAAAUGAGCAAGGAUCAUGUUAAACCCGAUAUCAAGACGUUUGCCCUUCUUCUCGAGACCAUAGCGUCUGAUCCAUCAGAAGAAAAAAAACUUAUGGAACAAAUGAAAGCAUUUGGAGUUAUUCCAGAUGUAACUUUUUUGAAUGUUUUCAUUAAAAAACGCCAAUUUCGACGAGACAAUUCCGGUGCUCAAGAAGUAUUAAAUUACUUUCAGGAAUAUCAGCUCUUUCCGAACAUAAUGACGUUUGGGGUUCUUGCAACGGGAUGUCGUUCUUCUCAAGAAGCCGGUGCGUUGAUGAAAGACAUGGAAAAUGCCGGAUUCAGAGUGAAUAUCGAAAUAUUCGGAUCAUUUUUAAAGAACGCGAUUUUUCACAAAAAAUGCUAUUUUAUCAUGGACUUACUGAAACGAGCCACGGAGAUGAACUUAACAUUAGACGAGAAAGCUAUCAAGCUUUUGGAUAAAUUCAGAAGAGAAACCAAAGAAGCUAUUGCAAAGCAUGAUCGAGGUUUGGAAGUUUCUAAAAUCUACGGAAACGAAUGGUUUAGAGAAUCAUUUAGAGUGUUUUGCCUUGGAUACAAACCUCAAAUGGAAAAACUUGAAGUAGCCCUAGAACCUCACCCUUGGCAACAGUACCGAUAUCCUCUAGCGAAAAAGGAUAAAACCGAUCAGACUUCCUAUCCAUCCAAGAGUGGAAAAAGUGUACAAAAUUAAAAAUAAAUAUUUUGAUAAAUGAAA